GUCCCGCUGUUUGUCAGUCCCGCUUCCUCCCGUGUCGUGUUUGGUUAGUCUGCCACUCUGCCCCUCCGCGGCGGCGCCGACGCGAUUCCCCUCCCGCCUCGGAUUCUAUUCUUGGAUUCAGUUCAAGCUGGAAUACGGAGUACGUAUUAAGCUCGCCGUGCCGCCCGCACUUAGAGAGAGAGAGAGAGAGAGAGAGAGAGAGAGUCGCUCCGCCUGAUCUGGCGUCGUCGCAUCAUGGGGCUGUUGGCAUUCAAUCGGCUCAUGCCUAUGCAGCGGGGUCGGCGUCGCCGGCCAACUCAAGGCCGCAAUGGAUCGGUGACUUCAGUUGCUAAAAGGAAGGACUCACAUGAUGACAAUUCCCGGAGUCAUAAAAAGUUGAGAUACUCAGGACCAAGCCUUCCAGAGGCCGUAUGGCAUCAUAUACAUUCUCUUCUUCCUCUACGAGAUGCUGCACGCGUUGCCUGCGUGUCUCAUUCGUUUCGACGUUCUUGGAGAUGUCUUCCCAAUCUCAGCUUAACUAGGGAAACACUGGGUUUGAAAGGCGGGGUCGGCGGGAUAUCAUCUAAAAUAGCGCUUGAUCUUGCAAAGAGAACCGACCACAUUCUGAAAAACCACUCAGACGUUGGCGUGAAGGCACUCAAACUUGAAAUACGUGAAUUUCCCUUUUUCAGCACCUCAUGUGAUGAUCUCAAUCGUUGGCUUGGUAUUGCCGUUAGACCAGGGAUUGAAGAACUUUACCUGCAGCUUCAUUCAUCUCAUGCGGACGUGUACAACUUCCCAUGCACACUUCUACUUGAUGGGAGUGGCAAGUCGAUUCGGCACCUUCAUCUCGGUGAAUGUGCCUUCCGUCCCACAGCUGGAGUUGGCUGCUUAAGAAGCCUGACUAGUUUGGAACUGUAUGAUGUGCAUAUUACAGGGGAUGAGUUAAUGUGCCUUCUUUCCAGUUCAGUUGCUUUGGAGAAAUUGACACUAGCGUAUUGCGAUGAGUUGAUUUUCCUGGAGAUACCUAGCCUGCUGCAGCGGCUUAGCCACCUGGUUGUCCACGACUGCUUAAAUCUGGAAGUGAUAAAGAAUAAGGCCCCUUAUCUCUACAGUUUUGAAUAUGGUGGUGCCCUGGUACGACUAUCACUUGGUGUUUCAUUGCAAAACCUUGACAUUGAUGCUUCAGGGUGGGACGUUAUUCAUUAUGCUGGUGCCAAACUUCCAUGCAUGGUGCCAAACCUUGAAGCUCUUAACAUACAUUCGUCUUAUGUGAGGGAUAUACUGGUGGUACCUGGCAAAUCCUCCACCUCCAGCAUCUGUGUAUUGGGACAUUUACCCCAGACUAUGAUUAUUUCUCUCUGGUUUCUUUUCUUGAUGCUUGUCCUUCCUUGGAGACUUUCAUAUUGUCUGCAGAGCCGGAUUGCAUGGAGCAAGAAUCAGUUUUAGGAGAUUCUUUUCAUGAUCUAAGGCAGAUGCCAGGACACAUGCAUAGGAACAUCAAGGAUGUGCAGAUCAUUGGUUUUUGUUCUGCGAAGAGCAUGGUUGAGCUGACAUGCCAUAUUCUUCAGAAUUCAAAGCUGCUUAAGCGCCUUAAACUGAGCACCUGUUACAAUGGUGAGAUUUUGUGUUCCUACAACAAUAACGGUAAAUGUCUCCCGAUGAGUAGGGGUAUGAUGAUGGAAGCCCAUAAAGCUCUCUUGGCGGUGGAAAGAUAUAUUUUGGGGAAAGUUCCCUCAACCGUCGAGUUAGGUUAGAAGUUGAGGAGCCUUGCAGCCGUUGCAAUGCUCUUGAAAUCUAGGACAUGUUUGGCCUUUCUCCAGCUCUGAGCUUUGAUAGGGAUGCUCGUGGAGCAGAGCAAGGCCGUGUCAGCUUUUUUUUUUGAGGGGUUGCCGUGUCAGCUGGGAAUAUCAGGUGAUACCACCCCUUAAAUGCUCCCAUGAUCACAACUUUCAGAAAACCGGUUCAAUUGUCUCAAAGCAUUCCGAUUUUUUUUUGUGAGGGUGCACAAGACAUGCAGUUACAUCCCCUAAAAAUUUCAGACCUAAAUUCGAAAUAUACAUGGAGAAACUAAAAAAAAAGGAUGCAAAUCCAGCAUGAAUAAUGUCACAAAAAGAAAAGAAUAAAUGACACUAUUUCGCAUUUGGAUUUG